AUUUGAAAAUGGAAAAACUGCUCUUCACGUUGCAAUUACUGCUGGUCAGCUAAGGGUUGCUAAGGAAUUGAUGACUAUUAUUGGUACUGAAGCAGACAGUUGCCAAUUGAAGAUAACAGAUGAGAGUGGCAACACAGCUCUUUCCUUUGCUGCUCGUAGUGGAAUGAUGGAAAUUGCAAAGUGCUUGCUUGAAAAGAACAAGGACUUGCUUACUAUCCCAGAUGGCGACGAUAUGCUCCCGGUUCAAUUGGCUUGCAGGGCAGGCCAUGAGGACAUGACUCGCUACCUCUACCGCGAGACCCGGGGAGAAUGUCUAAGGGGAAACAAUGGCUUCUACCUCCUCGAAGAGUGUAUAACUAAGAAAAUGUUUGGUACAAGAGUGAAAGUAGAUAAAGAAAGUGUUCUAUUUGAUGGUGUUGGCAGUGUUGCACCUCAACGAAGAGCUUUGGAUGAGGAUGAAUUUGUGCAAAGUGGAGCAGUGGAAGCAACCUUUCAAGCUAUCAAGAAUGGCAUCCCUGAGAUUGCAAUAGAAAUUGCAAAAGUUAAUACAAAUAUAUUAUGGAACGGUAUUGAUCCUGAAGAUUCAAGGAACAUGUUUGCAUGUGCUAUAGCACAUCGUCAAGAGGAAGUGGCACAAUUUCUUUAUGAAUUUAAUGCAAGAAUUAGUACAAAUAUAGUUUUUACCGAUGAUCGAGAUGGAAACAAUUUAUUACAUUUAGCAGCAAAGUUAGCUCCUCGUUCUCACCUUGAUUACAUUUCAGGUGCAGCUUUGCAGUUGCAAAGUGAGCUACGCUGGUUCGAGGCAGUGGAAGGCAUUGUUCCACAGUUCUACAACCAUCAAAAAAAUCAUGGUGGUGAAACUCCUUCCCAAAAGAAUGGUGGUGAAGCUCCUUCCCAAAAGAAUGGUGGUGAAGCUCCUUCCCAAAAGAAUGGUGGUGAAACUCCUUCCGAAGUGUUUGUUAAGGAACACAAGCAGUUGCUAAAAGAAGCGGAAGAAUGGAUGAAGAAAAUAGCUGAAUCUUUUUCAGUCGUAGGUACUCUAAUCAUUACAGUUAUGUUUGCUGUGGCUUUCACUGUUCCUGGUGGGAAUGAUCAAAAUACAGGCUUCCCUAUAUUUUUGAGCAAAACAACAGACUCUUCUACAGUACCUUCCCCAACCGUGCCUUUUAUGGUGUUUGUAGUAUCAGAUGCAAUUUCUCUUUUUGCUGCAACUAGUUCGGUGCUAAUGUUUUUGGGGAUUUAUGCUUCACGUUAUGCUUAUAACGAUUUCUUUAAAUCCUUACCCGUGAAGUUGGUUAUUGGGAUUUCUUCACUCUUCAUCUCUAUUGCAGCAAUGAUGGUAGCUUUUUGUGUUGCUCUUUUCAUUAUGCUACAAGGUCGAUUGUGGAUAAUCAUACCAGUAACUUUGCUUGCUGGUAUUCCGGUCAUUAUCUUUGUACUGUCACUGUCUCCUUGUCUUGUUGAGCUUUAUACUUUGACUUUUGGACCAGGCAUCUUUGAUGGUAUAAAAGAUCAUUAACAUAGGAAAAGGAAGAGAUGGAUAGAAUUUCUGUUAUUUUAUGUUAGUAAAUAGACGAGUGUGCU